GAAUUCAAAAUUCCACAUUUAAAUAAGUUCUUCAUUGUUGUUGGCAACAACUCCGCUCAACUUGAAUUUUUUAUGCUUUAAAUAUAGUAGGCUAGUAGCUGUAGACAAGACAGUAUUCUAUAAUAUAUACGUACAUAUUAUGUGUGUGUGUGUUUUUUUUGUUGCAUCUAAUGAUAAUUUGAUAUACAAAUAAUGUUUAGUAUUCUUAUUAAAAAUAACACUUAGUUUUGAUGUUUGUCACGGAUUGGGUGUAGGAGUUAAUAGUACAUGAAAUGAAAUGAUGCUUCUAUUCCCGCUACAACCAUUAUCGGCCACUGCCCUUCGCGACGCCGCCACCGUCUAGUUUCUCCAGCCGAAAAGCUAACAAAUCUUCCUAUUUGGGACGGUUUCGAUUGGGGAAGAAUGGACUCAAUAGUGAAAAAAUAUCAGCAACGAUUUCAGAAAAUUAGGGAGGAGAUGAACCGGUGGGAAGAGCUCCAGUCUCAGCUGAUUUCCCAAUUCUCUAAUGCAUCUUCCAUCAUCCAGAGGUUGCAGGUUAUCCGAGAUUCGCAAAACUAUGGAGCUUUGAGAUGUGUGGAGGGCAUAGAAAGUGUUUUGUUGGCAAAACAGAUGGAUUCCCUCCAAAUCAUCUUCGUCUCCAUCAACAACACUAUGAAAGAAUUUUGUGGGAUUGUUUCUUACCUUGAGAAGGUAGUUUGUGACAGCAAGCAACUUGUAAAAGUGGGGUCUGCCCAGAUGACUACAAAACAGUUGAAGCAACGCAUUGGAGUAAAACCAACUCUUGCAGAUUGUUUAGAAGGAAUUAGGCUUGUUGAAGAAAUGCAUCAAUCAGAGUACCUUCUUAAAUUAUCUGUGGUAUCAGCACUUCCCAGUAUUGCAUUGAAACCCAGUGCAAGUGGUGACUUAGGGGCACUUCAUCAGCUCCUCGUCGAUCAACCUAAUAUCCCCCGAGAGGAAGUGCAAUACAUAUACGACAUCAUAUUUGCUGAAAACAUUUCUUGAAGUGUUACUACAUGGCUGAUCAUUGCAUGUAUAAGCUCUGUCGAACUCUCAAGAAGGAAAGAAAGGUUGAGGGCCUUGAUCGAAGCAGUCAUAACUUGACAAAAAUGGUAAAGUCCAUCGACAUUUGGCUGAAAGAAGCAUUAUUGCAUGCUCCACACCUCAGACAGACUAGGCAAGUAUCUCUCUUUUGAGCAAUCUAAGGUUUGAGUUCGCGGUUAGAACUUGCUGUGUUUUUUAUGGUCGGAUGCAGUUUUUGGUUGUCGUGCUCAGGUAGUGAGAUCUGAGACCUAACCUAAUGGUAUGUAUGGUAGAGGGAGUCUGGAUUUUGUAGACAUCAAAGAUUUUGCGAAUAUGGGAUUUUUUUUGGUUGAUGAAA